AUGGGGUCGUUGACGCGCUCCGAGGAGAUGCGUUUCUGCCAGCUCAUCGUGGAAAAGGAUGCAGCAUUCAAUAUUGUGGCUGAAAUUGGAAAGAAUCCAUACGUUCAAUUUAAAGAUGUGAGAGAAAAAGAGAUCUUCCAAAAAUCGUUUCUAUCUUUUUUUCAGCUGAACCCAAAUGUGAACAACUUCCAAAGAACAUUCGUGAAGGAUAUCCGCCGUUACGACGAAAUGGAGAGAAAGUUGAGAUUCUUAGAAGCUCAAAUCGUGAAGGACGAGAUUAUUGUCUCUGGAAAAGUUGAUAAUGGAGACUACGCAAUCCUUCCGACCUCUGAACUCAACACUCUGGAGGGAACUCUUGUUGAGCUGGAGAAGGAUGUAAAGAGCAUGAAUGAUUCGGACGCUCAACUCAAAGCUAACUUCAUGGACUUAAAGGAAUGGGAUGCUGUUCUUGAUAAGACUGAUGAAUUCUUCCAAGGUGGAGUUGACGAUCAGGCUCAAGAAGAACUCGAAGCUCAGGAUGAGGAUGGAGUCACUCGAUCGGAAAAGGGACCAGUCAACUAUUUGGUUGGAAUCGUUCGUCGCGAAAGACUAAACGGAUUCGAGCGUGUUCUCUGGCGUGCCUGCCAUCACACCGCCUACAUUCGUUCCAGUGACAUUGAGGAAGAAUUGGAGGACCCAUCUGGAGAGAAGGUUCACAAGUCGGUGUUCAUCAUCUUCUUGAAGGGAGAUCGCAUGCGUUCUAUUGUUGAAAAAGUGUGCGAUGGAUUCAAGGCAAAACUUUUUAAGAACUGUCCAAAGACAUUCAAGGAGCGUCAAUCUGCCAGAAACGACGUCCGUGCUCGUAUCCAAGAUCUUCAAACAGUUCUCGGACAGACCCGUGAACAUCGUUUCCGUGUUCUCCAAGCAGCUGCCAACAAUCAUCAUCAAUGGUUGAAGCAAGUUCGUAUGAUCAAGACUGUCUUCCACAUGCUUAACUUGUUCACUUUUGAUGGAAUCGGUCGUUUCUUCGUUGGAGAGUGCUGGAUCCCAGCUAAGCACGUGGAUCAUGUCCGCAGAGCUAUUGAAGUGGGAGCGGAGAGAAGUGGAUCUUCUGUGAAGCCAGUUCUCAACAUUCUGGAGACUUCCGUCACUCCACCAACCUACAAUGAGACGAACAAGUUCACAGCUGUGUUCCAAGGAAUUGUCGAUUCUUACGGAAUCGCAUCAUACCGUGAAUUGAAUCCAGCUCCAUACACCAUCAUCACUUUCCCAUUCUUAUUCUCCUGCAUGUUCGGAGAUUUGGGUCACGGAGUUAUCAUGCUUAUGGCCGGUCUCUGGUUCGUGCUUCGAGAGAAGAACCUCCAAGCCAGAAACAUCAAGGAUGAGAUCUUCAACAUGUUCUUCGGAGGUCGUUACAUUAUUCUUCUUAUGGGAAUCUUCUCGAUUCACGCUGGAAUCGUUUAUAAUGACCUAUUCGCAAAAUCAUUCAACAUUUUUGGAAGUGGAUGGAAGAAUCCGUACAACAUGUCGGAAGUCGACUCAUGGAUCGAGCAUACCGAGCAUGGAAAGGAGAUGCUUGUGGAGUUGGCUCCAGAACACGCUUAUGAUCAUGCUGGAGGACCAUACUCUUUCGGAGUUGACCCAAUUUGGAACAUUGCUGAGAACAAGUUGAACUUCUUGAACUCGAUGAAAAUGAAACUGUCUGUUAUCCUUGGAAUCAGUCAAAUGACAUUUGGAGUCGUCCUUUCUUUCUUCAACCACACUUUCAACAAAUCCAAAAUCGACAUUUUCACUGUCUUCAUCCCCCAGAUGCUCUUCAUGGGAUGCAUUUUCAUGUAUCUUUGCCUCCAAAUCAUUCUCAAAUGGCUGUUCUUCUGGACCCAAGAAGCCACCAUCUUCGGACAAAUCUACCCAGGAUCUCACUGUGCUCCAUCACUUCUUAUCGGUCUUAUCAACAUGUUCAUGAUGAAGGAUCGUGAGGCUGGAUUCGUUCAACCAGGAGGAAAAGUUAAUGGAGAAUACAAAGAAGUGGAAGCUUGCUAUCUCUCCCAAUGGUAUCCAGGACAAUCCGUUAUCGAAAUGAUCCUUGUUGUGAUUGCUGUCAUCUGCGUUCCAAUCAUGCUCUUCGGAAAGCCAAUCCACCACGUCAUGCAACAAAAGAAGAAACAGAAAGAACUUCAUGGAAACGUGACCGUUCGUGCCAAUGUUGUGGCUGACAGCAGUGAAAUUGUAAUCAACGGAGGACACAAAAAGGAGGAAGCUGGACACGGAGGAGAUCACGGAGGUCAUGAAGAUGAGUCAUUCGGAGAUGUCAUGGUGCAUCAGGCUAUCCACACAAUUGAAUACGUUCUCGGAUGCGUCUCCCACACUGCCUCUUAUCUCCGUCUUUGGGCUCUUUCCCUCGCUCACGCUCAGCUCUCCGAAGUUUUGUGGCACAUGGUGUUCGUCACUGGAGGACUUGGAAUCUCUGGAACCGCUGGAUUCAUUGCCGUCUACGUUGUCUUCUUCAUCUUCUUCGUUCUCACUAUCUCGAUUCUUGUGUUGAUGGAAGGAUUGUCUGCUUUCCUCCACACCCUUCGUCUUCAUUGGGUCGAGUUCCAAUCCAAAUUCUACCUUGGUUUGGGAUAUCCAUUCGUUCCAUAUUCCUUCAAAACAGCUCUUCAGGAAGCGGAACUUGCUGCCCAAUAA